AUGGGAAAUAUUUGUAAAACCAUUCCAGUCAAGCUCACACUAAAUACAGAGGUUAGCGAUGACCAAGAAGUCCACCAAACUAUUAUGACUACUAAUAAUAGAGCAAUAUUUAAUGAAAUCUAUAAGCAAGAAAAAGCAGAACUAAAGACUACAAUACAACCUCAACCUUAAAUGACAUAGGAACAGUGCCUAUAUUUAGAUUUAGUUGAGACAAGCCAUUAUGCUUCUUAAAUCAUAGUAAACCAAAGAAAACGAAGUUUUAUAAUAGAGAAUUCACCUAAGUAUGAUCAAGGAAGCAGAACUACUUCCGAAAAUAUUGGGCCUAAAAAAAUCAACUUUCCUAAGAAUCCCAUAAAGCCAUCAUUAAAAUCACUAAACUCUAAAUAAGGAAGCCCAUAAGAAAGGAAAAAAUCAGUAAGGUGGGAAAGUGACUUAAGUGUCUUAGGUAUUUAAAGCAAUACUAGAAUGAAUUGA